CACAAGGUUAAUCUUACGUGCUACGGAAUCAGGAAUGGACGGCAGAAAUGAUAAUGUUUCGUGAACGAAGUCGAAAGUUUUGAAGUCUUUUAAGUUGCGUCCUCCAAUUUUCUUCAGCUCAGAGGAAAUUCUUCGCUUUAACGCCUUUAUUUAUGUAAUUUAGUUCUGUGUAGAUUGCAAUGUUUUGUGCACGAUCCGUUCUCAACAGUGAAUUUCUCCAUCCUCUCUCGGGUUUCUCUCUGAUUGAGGCAUCCGCGACCUCAGAAAUGGAGUACCUUCUGUUUUAGAAAUGUUGUUAUCAUGAAUAAGAUUGUUUGAUGUGUCUUCGCCCCGAUUUCUUCUGUUUCACUGAUGGCUCAUGUCUCAACUCAAGGACAUUUGUCACCCAUGGUGUGCCCAUUGGCCAAAUUGGGCCGAUCGGCCCCAACUUACGACCAAAAAUAUAAUGGUCGUAAUGUUUACCACGCUGGAGAUAAGCUAGAUCUGCCUAUGCAACACUCUCCGUCCUCCCCACCUUCUUUUGUAAAUAGAUCCAUAUCAAUCGGCAACUACACAGAGUCAACUAAUCAUUCGCUCCUGCAUUACGAUACACAGACGAAUUUUGAAAGAUCAUCCCCAUGCUUGGAUCAAGGAUAUCACACUCUCAUUUCAUUUGCGUCACAAUGUUGGCAAGAUACUCCUUUCAAAGGCAAACGCGCUCAGUCCAAGAGCAAUGCGUUUGACCGACUUCCAGAUGAAGUUGUGCUCAAGAUCUUUGCUUGGCUUUCAAGCAGCGAUCUAAGCGUUUGCGCAAGGGUUUGCAAACGGUGGGAGAUCCUAGCAUGGGAACCAUCACUGUGGCGCACAGUAAUUUUGAAGGGAGAGGAUGUAAGUGGCGAUAGAGCCGUCAAAACAAUUUUGAGACGGUUUACGCAGCCAUAUGUGCAGAGGCUGUAUUUACGGGACGGUGCUCGGAUAACUGACAAAGGAUUACCCUCCUUGGUGCGUAGGUGGCCCAAUUUAACGCAUGUGCAACUGCAAGGAUGUGUUGCCAUAACGGACUCCUCUGUUUCGGAACUAGUUGCGAAGUGCCCCAAUCUUCAGCAUCUUGAUCUAACAGGUUGUGCCCAAUUGACAUGCAUCAAUAUAGAGCCCUCAAGGCGCCUUAGUCUAAACUAUUUAGAUUUGACAGACUGCUGUUUGAUCGAGGACGAAAGUCUAUGGCUCAUAGUGAAAAAUUGUCCUCAAUUGGUGUAUCUGUACCUGAGGAGGUGUGUCAAAAUAACAGAUUGUGGAAUUAAACAUGUGCCAAUAUUUUGCUCCGUUCUCCGAGAACUGAGCGUUUCAGACUGCAACAAAGUCACUGAUCUGGGACUGUAUGAAUUAGCUAAAUUAGGCUCUACUUUAAGAUAUCUGUCAGUGGCAAAGUGCGACCAGGUGAGCGAUGUUGGUCUCAAGGUGGUCGCCAGACGCUGCUACAGACUGCGCUACCUCAAUGUACGAGGCUGCGAAGCCGUGAGCGAUGAUGCAAUCACUGUCUUGGCCAGAUGGUGCCCGCGGCUGCGCGCAUUAGAUCUUGGAAAGUGUGAUGUUAGCGAUGCUGGUCUCCAUGCCUUGGCGGAGUGCUGCCCGAACUUGAAGAAGCUGAGUCUGCGGAGCUGCGAUCUCAUCACGGACAUAGGGGUGCAAUAUAUCGCGUUUUUCUGCCGGGGUCUCCAACAACUGAACAUUCAAGACUGUCAAAUCACUGUUGAAGGUUAUCGUGCCGUCAAAAAGUAUUGCAAGCGAUGCAUCAUAGAGCAUACCAAUCCAGGAUUCUUCUAGAGUUCAAACAAAGGUCUGUUUUGGGAAUGUCUCGAAAAUUUUAAGUGUUGAAGCUGACAAACCAAGUUUUUUGCCAAUGAUGUAUGAAGUUUUUAGCUUGGCAGUAAUAAGUUGUGCCUAAGAAUGUUGCAUUAUUUUUCUCUUUUACUGACAACUACCUUUCCGUCCUUGCCAAAAUCUGGAGCUAUUUUAGUCAUCUCCUAAAACGUACAAAAAUGUCACCACAAGAUGCUCAAUUUGUUGCAACUUUCCAUGAUAAACAAAGCGAUUGAGUCUUGUGAUGGAAUAACACUAAGUAUUUGUCCAAAAGUCUCACCUAGCCAUUCCUUUAAGGCUUACCAGCCUUAUUCUCUGUAUUAUUUCGUAACUGCUCAAGUAUUUCCCACCUGCAGUUCAAUUUGCAAAAGAUGACCGAAAUAGAUUCCUGUUUCAGCUGUGUAAUGCUUGAUGUGUCAAUCUGUCAAUAAAAAGUUAACAAACCUAUUUGCCACUGCGCAAUAAACUCAUAGCUAUUGAUAAGUGGAGGGUUUAUCACCUGGUGAUCAGGGCAGGGUUAGAAAGCAACUGUUGUCGAUUGAUUUAGGAAUGCCGUAAGUUUGAAAUCAAGGUAAAUUUCAUGAAAUUUGAAAUACUUCAUCUUCUUUUUCACUUAUUUGCGUUUUUCUCUCUCCCCCUCCUCCCCUCAGCUUUAUCAUUGCCUUUCUUUCUCACUGCUCCUCUGAGUGUACCAAAUGUUUUUGCGUUUUGUCUGAUGUGGAAUGCUUGAAACUUGAAUCAUCUCCUGAUUUUUUUAAAAAGACAUAUCGAUUCCUCAAAACUCUUUCACCAAGUUUCAACAGUGCUUUAAUGGAAAAUGUUUCAUAUUUCUGAAAUCAUGCAGUUCAGAAUCUUUUGCGCCCCUGAAUUAGUUUAUACUUUUACAAUGAAAUGAUAGCUCCUUUAAUAUCUGAUGCAUCAAAUAAGCUAUUAUUUCUCAUGACGUCUUGUAAACUCUGUAGUCUGUACUUUGUGCCUUCAAUUACCUAGCAAAAAGUUCAAAAGAUGAAACUAAAAAUGUUUCAAUUUCUUCCAGAAUACAUGUAAUUUUUAUUGAGUUUCUUUUCAAUUUAACUUGCUAAUUUUGCCUUUUUACACUGUUCCUUAAUCAAGAUUCUGUUUUGAAAAUUCAGCUGUAAAGCUUAAAAAAGACCAAUCUUUAAGAUUCUGUAAUUUUAUAAAUUUUGAACAUAAGUAGUUGAUAGUCUUGUUCUGUUUUGCAUCAUAAUUAAUCAAAAACGGAGGUUUAGAAGCUUCUCUACAGAAUUGCGGGCUGUUUCUAUCAAUGUACCAUUUUUAAAUUGACUUCUAGCCAGAGUACAAAAUUAUGCACCUCAAUAUAUGUUUUCUCAUCGAAAUUUUACAUAGAAUACAUCAGACGCUUUGAAACUUUCCAUUUUCAACUCAUCAAAUGAAAAUAAAAGUUUUUGUCAACAUUAAUUCGCUCAUCCUGCCUACAAAAAUGCAAAAAACCAAAGUCUGUUGGAGCCAAAUUGAACACAGAAGUAAUCUGAUUUUCUUUUAUGAUGGAAGGAUUUUCCCAUGCACUAACUUUUUUUGAUAAGAUUGUAGGUAUCUUGUAACAAGAGAGAAAGAAAA